AUGCUUGAAAAGGCAAAAGCCAAACUUGCUGACUCUAUUGAAUCGGGAAGAGUAAAAAAAGUGUUGAAGCAACAAUUGCCGCCAAUUCCGUUCCCAGACGACAGUUUUGAUGCCGUAAUGUUUAAUUUGGUGUUGCAUCAUUUAGAGGAACAUCCUGAUGGAGAAAAUUUCCCAACCAUUCAGAAGGUUCUCACUGAAGCAAGAAGGGUUCUUAAACAUGACGGAGUACUGACAAUCACUUCCGGUCCAUCACCUCGAUUUUAUGAAACCAUAUGGUUUGUUCACUUAAAUCCUGACAUUGCUACACGUCACUUAAAACAGUAUCCACAUGACCGGAAGUGGCACGAGAUGUUCCGGAAGUGUGGUUUUGAGUGCUCAAAUUACAUUCAUAAUAACGUAGAUAUUCCCGAACAGACGAUGAAAACGUUGCUUGACCCUGAAGGGCCUUUGAAAAAGGACUGGCGAGAUUGUAACUCCUAUUGGGCGUCCGCAACUCCUGAAGAUUUGAAGGUCGUCGAGGAGAAAAUCAAAGAGCUUAAAGCUUCAGGCACUCUUGAUCAGUUUGUAGAAAAACAUAAUACAUGCAUGGGAUUUUACGUCACUUCACUGCUUUUCGGCAAGCCCAUGUCAACGAAAGAAUGAUAUGAAGGAAGAGUUGUGUUCAAAUUCAAGACUGAUAUAUUAAACGAAACAGUUACAAUUGAAAUGUGAUUUGCAAAAAAGUAAUCACGGAAUAUCACUGUUCGUCACAAAUUUCUGGACAGAAUUUAAAAUAAAAUACUGUGGGAGGGGGUAGGGGUUAAUUACUUUUUUCAUAAGAAAAAAUAUACAUGUACAAAUAAUCAAGUUAUUCUUAACCAGUUCAUUUUGUUGUUGCUUUGUUAUAAUGAAUUUAUCUGUGGAUGAAUGAAAAUAAACGCUUUUAAGUCAACUAUAGUGACGUAAAUUUAUUCCAUAAAACAUGAUCAUCUUCUAGAUUAACGGGUAGAUAUAACUUAAUAAGAAGUUAACUCGGUUUAAAAAAUUCACUCAGUAGACAUGUAACUAAAAGUAUAUCAACCAUCACUUUUAAAUUUUGUAUAAUAUUUUUUAUCAUCUUUUUUUUUUGUUACAACGCUAGAUAUCCGAUACAUCAUAUGUGAAGAAAUGAGUGUAUUUUGUUCAUAACCAGAAUUAAACUA